AAAUAUAAUGUUAUUUUGAAAUAUUGUGAGAAAUGUUUGUGUGUUGAAUAGAAUUGAAUAAAUGUAUAAUUGUAUAAUCAUAAUCUAUUGUUUAAGAAAAUCACGAACUUGGAAUUACUUGGAAAUUGACGUUAUUUGUCAUGAUUUAUUAUACGUCUUUUUUUCUUGUCAACAUUUUCAAUAAAUAUUUUUACACGCAUAUUUCAUCAUAUAAAUAGAAAAACAAAAACUUCUCAUGUGAAAUUUACUAAAAAUAAACUAAGAAAAAUGUGCAAUACUAAGACUCGUGUCACUUCUAGAUUAUAUUAUACAUCUUUGAGCUUUAUGUAGAUAAAUGAUAAGCAAUAUUAUCACACUCUGUUUUGUUCCCAAUCGAAAUUUUCUUUGAAAACAGAUCAGCAUUGAUAUCGUUUUUUUCUGAAGUCUGAUUCAAUCAUUCAUUGCUAUGCAAGCACAGAUAUGAUUUUUUGCAAUAUUUGAAGAAAAAAUAUAUUUUUUUUUAAUUCGUUAUGUUUACAUCCACAUAUGCAUAAAAUAUAUAAUGAAACCCUUGACAAUAAUGCAGACAUGAAUUUUUUUUAAACAAAAAGUUGCAUCAGAAAAGAGAAUGAAAUCUUUUCUGACGAAUCUGGAACAUAUAAACAUUUUCCUUGGAGUGUGAUUGAUCAGAUUUUUGUUUUCAGUCAUUCAUAUAAUUCGGAAUUUUUUUUGCCAUUUGCAUUUUUAAAAAAAUUGCAUUUAAUUUUCAUCAAGCAAUGAUUCUCCAAUAUUUUAUCGGUAUUUAGUAAUAUUAAUUUGCAAAAUCCUCCUUUUUUAAUUUAAAUUCCUCAGCAAUUUCAGUGUUUAUAAUUUGUGUGUCUGCGAUUAAAGCGAAUAUCGAUUAUUGUGAAUUUAAUGAUUUAUGUCCAACCGGUACAAAUGUCUGUUGUAAUACGAAAGUUCCCCGAAUCCUAUCAAGGAGCGAGAAUCAUACCCUUUACAGACGAAUUAAUAGAAUAUACAUUGAAUGAAAUGAAUUUAUGUCGACAAAAAAUUGCUUCUGGAGACCAAUGUGGAUAUGAACCAGCCAAAAAGAUGCAUGCAUUGUAUUGGGAUCCAGAAUUGGCUGUAGUUAUUACUUGCAAUGUAGGUACAGGUAUAUAUGGUCAUGAUGAAUGCCGUAAUACACCCAGAUUUAGAUGUGCCGGCCAAAAUAUUUACAUUACAUCUCAUUCGAAAGGUCAUAUUGAUCCGACGGAGGUUAUAUUGAAAGCACUAUUUGCCUGGUAUGAUGAAAAUAAAGAAUGCAAUAUGGAAGAAAUUGAGAAAGGAAUGACUCAAGGCUGGGGACAUUUUACUCAAAUGAUAAGUGAUCAAUGCACAUGCGUUGGCUGUGCAAUGUCUCAAUGGGAGAUAGAUGGUUCAUUCAUAAGUUAUUUCGGUUGCAAUUACGACGUGACGAAUAUGAAAUCGAAACCAGUUUAUGAAUGUGGAAAACCUGGAUCCGAAUGCACGAAUGGUCUUCAUCCAAUUUUUUCAUCUUUGUGCAAUAUAAAAAACGAGGACGACUAAUCUGACCAUCAUAGCUGCCACGAUUUUGUGUAUAUCGCAUACUUUUACUUUUUUUAUUAAAGCCACACCAGCAGAAAAAUAAAUAAAUAAUACGAGGGUUGCUCCAUAAUUUUUUUUAAAAACAUA